CCUCAAGAUUGUUGAAGUGGUUUGACGCCUCCGCAAGGAACAAGCAUACAAGACUCCAGCAAUGCCUGUGCAAGGGAUCCGCACGGUCACGGCCGCCAGAAACGGCGUCGGUGCCUUUAUCCUCCAAUGCAAGCGGUUGGAUUUCCACUACUGUGACUGGGCUGGUAGCUCGCGGGGAAUGGUGGCGUACCUGAAACACCACCUUCCUGCCUUCGCGAAAGCAAACCCUCAGAUCGAGAUUCGGGUCUCGCCGCGGCCGCACAAGCACCCCGUCAUCAAGGGACACUAUAUCAAUGGACGGGAGAAGGCGGUUUGUGUCAGGAACCUUGAGCCUGAGCAAAUAUUCAAGAAGGCCGUCUUGUUGAAGGAGGCCAGCGGAGAGAAGCUGAAGCGCACCAAGAAGCCUGUGACGAGUCUCAACGAGAGUGUCAGAGGCAUCUGGUCCCCGUACCACGGAGGCCUCAAGUCGGUGUAAAGCAGGGGUUUGGUGCGAUCAUACGGUGGUGUUAUUUUCUGGUCAGAACAUUUCCUAUUCGAUGUAUUAUGGGCUACUUCAUCUCUUUGUGUACUUCUUUUGCGAACCCGACUCUGUCUUUGGUUAAAUUAUAUGUAUCAUAUGUACAGAAUGUCUUCAUUUGAUAUCCCAUGAUGUGGAGCGCCAUCGUCUGCUGGCAAACAGUUUUCAUUAUUCACAUGGGCCGCCGAAAGCAUUGCACCUUAUACCCAAAACACUCUAUGCUAUAACAUAUAGAAAUAAACCCCGGCCAAAAAUCC